CAAAUCGUUGGCCCUCUCCACUCUCAAUUAAAGGAUUUGGCUAAUCCUUAUUGUAAUACUUCUUGUGAUUGAUUGAUAACGCGUGUUUUGAUGGCCGUUAUCAUAAUGGCACGCCGUGAUAACCGUGUGCCGAAAUAAGUGCACUGUUUGGAUUGACUUAAGUCGCUCGAGGGGGGAUUGUAGGACGCAGUUCUGAGCAAUAUGGAAUCUCCAGUCGGCGAAACUCUUCGCUCAGAUCUACUAUCUUGAUACCCGCAACAAUGACGGACUUAUCCUGGACCGAAGACUAUGGCGAGAACGACUUUAACGGUUUCGACAUGUCCGUGCUCAAAAUGGACGAAGCCUACCUCUCCAUUAACAUCCCCGACCCUUCGUACACCUACAGGCUGUACAGAAAACACGUAGACUGUGUCAAGUGUCCCUUUGUCAAACUUGAACAGCUAUCGCCAGACGAUUCCAUCCUCAUCGACGGUCUCAGAGUAAUCCUUAAACAGACCCCCAACAACGUAUACCGAAUAAGCACCCAAAAUGCCGAACCUUUAGAAGCCUCAGCUGACUAUACUUGCGAGUUUGGUGAAGAUUUCGGCGAAUUUGGCAUCUACAACGUGAACGUGACCAAAUCGGGGUGUGCGGUGGACGUAGUCAAGAAUGCGGUUAGCACAGCGUUCCCCGUCCUCACCGUGUUUCUGAUUUAUUGCGCCCUGUUUCUCGUUAUUUUCGGGUCGGGUUUCCUGUGGAGGAAGUUCGUCACGAAAAAAGAAAAAAAGGAGAAAGAAUCAGGUGGUAAAAUGAGAGUUAAGUCACUGGAUACAUUCAGAGGGAUUAGUAUUGUGAUUAUGAUAUUCGUGAAUUAUGGAGCCGGAGGAUUCGCAGUCUUAGAACACGCCAGCUGGAACGGUCUACAUUUUGCCGAUUUAGUUUUCCCGUGGUUCAUGUGGAUAAUGGGGGCUUGCGUUCCCAUUUCGUUGAUGUCGAGCUUCAGAAAAAAACUAUCCAACACGAGCAUUUUCUUCAAUGUUUUAAAGCGCUCGAUUAAACUCUUCUGUCUUGGCAUUUUCCUGGGGGCGGGAUCCACCCUCGAGUGCAUGCGAAUAUUCGGAGUGCUGCAGCGCUUCGGAAUUUGUUACCUAGUAGUCACCACGAUUUGUCUCUUUCUAAUGAAACGAGACCUCAUCGAAUCCAAACACAAAAUUGGUAAAUUCUUCACCGACUUGCUAGUUCUUUGGAAGGGUUGGGUGGUAGUUGGGGUGAUUUUUUUCAUCCACUGCAUGCUUUUGUUCCUCUUGACUGACGAAGGAUGUCCUCAGGGAUAUUUAGGUCCCGGAGGGUGGCACGACCACGGAAAAUACUUUAAUUGUACAGGAGGAGCCACGGGGUACAUCGACAAGGUCAUCCUAGGCAAACACAUGUACCAGAACCCCACCAGCAAAGAGAUUUUUCUGGGGACGCAGGCGUUUGAUCCAGAAGGAAUUCUGGGGUGUCUCACCUCCGUCGUCCACGUCUUCAUCGGGGUCCAAGCCGGAAUUAUCCUCUUGGUCUACAAAGAACACACUCAUCGUUUGAUCCGGUGGCUGACCUGGAGCGUCGUGACGGGGUUGGUUGGGGGCGGCUUGUGUGCCUUCAGCAAGGAAGACGGCGUCAUCCCCAUCAAUAAAAACCUCUGGUCCAUAUCUUUCGUGCUUGUGACCUGCUGCUUCGCCUUCUUCCUUCUUUCCGUAUGCUACGUCUUAAUCGACCUCAAGCACUGGUGGACCGGCAAACCCUUCCUCUUCGCCGGGAUGAACGCCAUCCUCCUUUACUCCGGUCACGAGAUGACGUACGGCCACCUGCCCAUGCGCUGGGUCGUCUACUGCGGCAAGGACCACGGCACCCACCUCAUCGCCUUGUUCGAGAACCUCUGGGGCACCUUCUUCUGGGUGUUCCUCUCCUACUACUGGUACACAGUCAAGUACUUCUACACGGUGUAACCCUCAAAUAAAGCACCCCUCUCGUCA